AUGGAUAACGUUAAGAGUUUCAAGAAACAAGAAGCUUCAACUGCAAUGGCUUCGGUUGCUGCUUCAGUUUCAUCUUGUUUCCAUGGAGAAAACUUGUCCUCUUCAUGUUCUUCUCUUUUCUCAAGGGCUACGCUCGCCUUCUCCCCAUCAAUCUCCGGUAACGAUUUCAACGGUAGAAAACGAUUCAUGGUUUUGGCGAAGAGAUUAUCAGGAUUAGAGGAAGCCAUGAGAAUACGAAGGGCACGUGAGCAACAAACUUCAACACCAAUUAAACGAAGAACACCUUUAAGGCGACUAAAGGUAUCACCACGUCUUCCUGUUCCUGAUCACAUACUGAAGCCUCCUUACGUAAGCACAAAAUUGUUACCAGAGAUUUCAAGUGAGUUCCAAAUUCACGAUGAAGAAGGCAUUGCUCGCAUGAGAGCUGCUUGUGAGCUCGCUGCUAGGGUUCUUGAGCACGCUGGAACUUUAGUUAGGCCAUCAGUGACAACUAACGAGAUUGAUAAAGCAGUUCACCAAAUGAUUAUAGACAAUGGUGCUUACCCUUCACCUCUUGGCUAUGGCGGAUUCCCAAAAAGUGUUUGCACUUCAGUUAAUGAGUGUAUGUGUCAUGGAAUACCUGAUUCCCGUCAAUUGCUGGAUGGAGAUAUUAUAAAUAUUGAUGUCACAGUUUACUUAAAUGGUUAUCAUGGUGAUACCUCAAAGACAUUUUUAUGUGGAAAUGUUGAUGAAGCCACAAAACGACUUGUGAAGGUUACUGAAGAGUGCUUGGAGAGAGGCAUUUCUGUUUGCAAAGAUGGUGCUCUUUUUAGAAAAAUUGGGAAAAGAAUUAGUGAACAUGCGGAAAAAUUUGGCUAUGGUGUUGUGGAGCGUUUUGUGGGACAUGGUGUGGGAACUGUAUUUCAUUCAGAGCCACUUAUAUUUCAUCACCGAAAUGAGAAGCCUGGUAGCAUGGUUGAAGGCCAAACAUUUACUAUUGAACCAAUUCUUACACUUGGAAGAACAGAGUGUGUUACAUGGGAAGAUAAUUGGACUACCUUAACAAAGGAUGGAAGCCCUGCAGCUCAAUUUGAGCACACUAUUUUAAUCACAAGAACUGGUGCGGAAAUCUUGACAAAGUGUUAGAAGAUUUUGACAUGAUU